AUGGUCGAUAGAGCCACAGGAUACCACCAAGACGCUGCGGCACGGAAUCGGGAGUCAGCCCACUAUUUCGAGCUGCUCAACAGCGACUUUCAGAACACGCUGCAGAAGCUGGGCGUUUUCUUGGACUACUGCCCUGCUGAGGGACCGACGCUUGAGGACAACUACAUGGCCAAGGGCGAGAUCAUCAGAUCAGAGGCUUUGAAGCGCCUUCUCGACCUCAACGUCUCCCAACACCUUCGCAGAGCGAUGCUGAGGAAGACGGUCAAGACACGAGUUCCUGAGCUUCUAGAUGGGCAACCUUGCGCCUACUGGAGGUGGCACAAGAAAGGAGCGAAGAAGAGAGAAAAAAUGGCAUGGCUUCGCACGGGAACUACGACAGUUCUGGUGGCGGUGGAGCAACUUCGAGCCGCCUUCGGAUUUGAAUCCUGGAACCCCUCGGAGGAGGACGAGAAAGCCAUCAAAGAUGCUGCAGCUUCGAGCAUCUUCGAG